AUCAUUGCAGAACAUUAAUAAAUUUAACGUUUUUAUGCGUUACGUUACAGACUAUAAAUAAAAUAGUAAGACAUAGACUUAUUAAACGUCAACAUUUAACUUUACUUCAAUAUAAAUCAUGAAAGUUAAUAAUAAACUGCUGCCUAUAAAACUCCAUUAUUUCUUUUUCUUAGCUAGUUUAGGUUGCACUUUUCCAUUUCUACAUGUUUAUGGAAAACAACUUGGCCUUUCACCAUUAGUUAUAGGUAGCAUAUCUGCUAUUGUGCCUUUAUUAUAUCUGAUAACAAAACCAAUAUUUGGUUUCAUCAUGGAUUAUUCUCGAGCAUGGAGAAAAACGAUCUGUAUAAUAUUUAUUGUCAUGACAAAUAGCUGCUUUGUGGGGAUAUUCUUUUUACCGGCAAUGCCAGGUCCAGUACUGACAGAUCAUUUUGAAAAUGUUUCGUAUCCAUUUUUAUCGCUUUGUGACAUAGAACAUGAUCAUACAUCAGCAAUCGAAUCGGAUAACAGUGUGAAAGAUAUCACGUGUUAUUGGUUAUGCAAGGACACGAAUUUUUCCACACGAUUAUUUUUUCGUAACGCAACCGAAAGGAAAACAAUUAUUUCAUUGGAUACUGCGUGUUUGAUAAAUGUCAACGAUACAUCAUUCCAUCAUGAAAAUAUAACAGCAAAUUAUAAUUGCAACGUUACCUGUGACAAUUUUGAAAAUAAUUAUUGUAUAUGGACAUCUAUCACGUUCUGGAGUUACAUGCUCUUACUGUUUCUUGGCGAGACUGGUUAUUUCGUUGUCAUGAUCAUAAACGAUGCAACUUGCUUUGCCAUAUUAAGUGAAAAUAAACGGUUAAAGUAUGGUGAGCAGCGAUUAUGGGGUACAAUAGCUUUUGGUAUUACAGGAUGUAUAGUUGGAUACAUGGUAAACUUGUCACAGAGGGAGGCCUAUAAAACUUUCACUCCCGUGCUUUAUCUUAUACUCGUAUUGACUGGUAUCGAUUUGGUUUGUUGCAAAAGCUUGAAGAUGUCAUUUGAAUCAGGAUCGUCAACUAUAAUAAAGGAUGUAUUUGCGCUUUUGAAAUUAAAAUCUGUCGUUAUAUUUCUGUUUUUUGCUGUAUUUACCGGCAUUAUUAAUAGCUUCAUGCAUAAUUUUUUGUUUUGGUAUUUAGAAGAUUUUGCUGAUGCGACUGGUUACAUGAGUAAAAUCAAAUUGAUAGAAGGUUUAAUCGUAGGAGUUCAGAAUUUCGGCGAAACGGUAUCCUUCUUUCUAUCCGGCAAAAUUGUGAAGAAGAUUGGAUAUGGUCAUACUUUUACACUUUGUUUUAUAUGUUACGCGCUUCGGUUGGGAUUAAUAUCUUUAGUUCCGACGCCAUGGUGGAUACUUCCUAUAGAAUUUUUCAUGCAUGGGCUAUCAUUUUCGCUCUGCUUAGCAACAAUAGUAUCGUACGCAAGUGUUAUAACACCACCCGGUGCAUCAGCUACAGUCCAAGCAAUCGUUCAAAGCAUGCAUGACAGUUUUGGGGUUUCAAUUGGUGCUUUAUUAGGAGGCAUCUUUUAUAAGAAAUAUGGUGGUACGACAACUCUAAGAAUAUUUUCAGUAUUCGCAGCGUUUGAUGCAUUAACAUAUUUUAUUCUUUACAUUAUUUAUCUGAGAAAUAAGACAUAUACACGAAGUAAUGUUAAAUGGAAAAAGCCUGACGAUGCGCAGGAAUAUUGUAUGGGAGCUGAAGGAUAAUAUGUAUUUUCUUCUUUUUAUAUUCUUUUGAUGUAAUAUACAUCUUCUUUAU